UCAGGUGAUUAUGAAGGCGAGCCUACCUCACUCGCCGUCCGCUCUGUUUUACAUUUAAUUAAGAAACCUGCUGUAUCGUCACUAGUCUGAUUUAUGAGGCGACGGUGAAUGUGGCAUAAACAAGCCCCUGUCCAUGGACCAAUCGCGUGAUAGUCCGCGCCCACCUCGUCUAUCCUGGACACGAUAUUUAAAGCGGAACUCGAUUCGCUGUUCGCGGUAAUUGUGCGCUCGGAAUCUGCUAAAGGAGAUUCUUUUUAUCGGUUUCUUCCUUCUUCGAUUUCAACAAGACAUCAUGACUACCUACAGUGAUAAAGGACCUCGACCUGUUGGAGGAAAAUUCCUCAGUUUCGAUCACAUAAAAUUCUUGGUCGGAAAUGCGAAACAGGUCGCCAGUUUUUAUCGGUGCAGAAUGGGAUUUGAGCCUCUGGGAUAUCGUGGUUUGGAAACUGGUUCCAGACGAACAGCUGCACAUGUCGUCAGACAGAAUAAAAUCACAUUUGUAUUCGAAUCUGCGUACGAGCCUGACAAUCAAGAAAUGUCGAAGCAUCUUGCCCAACACGGAGACGGUGUGCGAGAUGUGGCGUUUAGCGUCGAAGAUAUAGACACAAUUAUGAAGAUUGCCAAGCAGAGGGGUGCUCAAGUCGUGCGCGAUAUAUGGGAAGAAAGUGACGAGUAUGGCACCGUGAAAAUGGCCAUUCUUAGAACUUAUGGCGACACGCACCACACACUGAUCGACAGAACAAAAUACAAGGGUUUUUUCCUGCCAGGCUAUGUGAGGGCUGAAGAGGACUGUCUUCUUAAACAAUUGCCGCAAACACAUUUAAAUUUCGUGGACCACGUAGUGGGUAACCAGCCUGAUAAACAGAUGGAACCCGUCGCGAAAUGGUACGAGGAAUGCCUGCAGUUCCACAGAUUUUGGUCGGUGGACGAUACGCAGCUACACACGGAAUAUUCCGCGCUACGGUCUAUCGUGAUGACGAAUUGGGAGGAGACGGUGAAGAUGCCGAUUAACGAACCCGCGCCUGGAAAGAAACGCUCCCAGAUUCAGGAAUACGUCGAAUACUAUGGCGGCGCCGGCGUGCAACACAUCGCCCUCAACACCAGCAAUAUUAUCACAGCGAUAACGAAUCUGAAAGCGAGAGGAUUGGAGUUCCUCGAUGUGCCCGAUAGUUAUUAUGACACGCUCAGGCGGCGCCUGGCAGCCAGUAACAUGAAAAUCGUGGAAAACUUGGAUGUGUUGCAGAAAUUGAAGAUACUAAUAGAUUACGACGAGAAUGGCUAUCUCCUUCAGAUAUUCACGAAAAAUAUGCAAGAUCGGCCGACGCUGUUCAUAGAAGUCAUACAAAGGCGAAAUCAUAACGGUUUCGGCGCCGGCAAUUUCCAAGCAUUGUUCGAGGCUAUCGAAGUGGAGCAAGCAAAGCGUGGCAAUUUAUAAAAUAUUAACAUAUCGCUGAUAUACGUGUGGCAUUAAUGUGAAAAUCAUUGCCAACGUAAGAUAAUCUGAAAAGGGUGAAAGAUAAAUAUUUCUUAGUAAUAUCGCUUAAUAUUUUAUGUAAUAAAAUAUCACAUUUUGAAUUAUUACGCUAAAUCUACCUCGAAAUUUAGCGCGCAGUUAUCAUGAAAUGUGUAAUAUAUGUUAUUAUGAAUAAUAAUAAUCCGUUUACACAUAA